UCUACCUCUCCUAAGGCCAUUCAAUGUAAACGUGUCACGCUCUUUAUUCACAUGUGCAAACCAUCUUUGCCGUUGUUAGCUUACUAUUACAAAAAUUCAUGCUUGCGCGCCACUGCUCAUCGGCAUGCGCUCCUUUUGUUCUCUCAUUUACACUGUUGUCCUCGUCCUUCAAAAUCUUGAAAUGGAUCUGAGCACAACAUACUGGUACACCUGGCCAAAUGAUUUGGUGGGUGAGUUUUGCGUUGGCGUCCAUGAUGAAUGCCACUACCGGAUACUUAAAAUGGAAGCAAGAUUCUUGAAAUGCAUCUUGCGUGUAUUGACCGAGUAUUCACUCCCCAAGUCUUUAAAGAAUCACUUCUUCUUCAUAAAUAAUCAAGUAAGUGAUAUGUCUACGAUUUGCAGUAAUUAUAAGAAUAAUAGGCUUUCUGAUGGUCGUAUUGGUAUAGCGAGUAACUUAGUACGAAAAGCUAUUCAGCCAAAGAUCAGGGAAAUUCUUGUCCGGUUAUGGAAAUCAAAUAAGCCGUGGGGGACGUAUUGUGUUGAUAUGUUCAGUAUUGUCUCAUUUACUUUGGAGGAUUUGGUCGAUUGCAUGGCUGAUCGUCUUGCUCCUGAUCUACUUGAGAAAAUGAAGUCUCUUUCUUCCAAGCUAACAUUCGAGAGAAGGUUGCGCUGGUCCAUCAGAGAUGGGUUUGCUAAUCGCGAAAACAACAUAGAUAUCUGGCUGCAGUUUACCAGCGACAUAUCUUAUUCAGUGGCAUGCCUGAAUUGUUUGUAUUGGCUUGAUGACAUCCCCGAAGAAAUUGCCCGAGGACUUAGGCAAUGUCUUUCUGCAUUGAUUAGAAGGUGUGAGGAAUUAAUCCAGAUUGAUGCCAGAGAGGUUCUUACUCGUCUGCAUAAAGCUUCAGAGCUGUUGUUGACUUUUGAUACUUCAAUAAACGAUCUUCCAUUAUAUUUUGUGGACUUUGUCCUAGACAGUGUGGUUCAGUUACACAAUUCUAAGGAAAAUUCAAAGUUUCCAACCAAGGGUCUGUCUGAAACUCUGCAUUAUCUGGGGACUUCAAUAGCUGAUCGGUUAACACAGAGCACUGAGAAUCUUAAAUUGAAAGGACAGGAAGUAAUACGAAGGAUAUAUGUUUUACGAGCUGAAGUUAUGGAAAAGGAAGCAGAGGCAACCAAUCACUCUUUUGCUAUCAAUCCAAAGAGCAUCCAAGACUUAUGCACUCAUUACUCAAGGAGAGAGCAAAAGUUGAUGAUAGACCCCUUCACGUGUAUGAAAUGGUUGGAGAAGCAUGGAGAGAUAAAAAUCAGACAUGUGGCCUUGGAGCUCGAUAUAAGACUUCAAUAUCUACAAUUCAUUCUGAAGAGACAGCCAAGUGGGCAGGAGGAGUUCAAUCUUGUCCACCAAACCAUGAAAACCAUAGGAACCAACAUUCAUGAGGCAUGUAUUAAUGCAAAAUACGGAAGAGUAGACUUUGCUCUGUCGAUCUUGGAAUCACAACUGACUUCUAUGCUCAAAGAUUUUGAUCUUCGACAAGAAGUAGAACGUGCUCAUUCCCUCCUGAGUUCUUCCGCAAAUGACUCUGAUCUUCAGUGUGAAGAAAACAGUCCUCCCCUCUACUUCAAGAAGGCAUUGUUGGCACAGGGUGCACCCAUGCCUACUCAACUUGCAAUAGAAUUUAUCAGCACUCUUCUUCUGAAUCUGAAGUGUUUAGUGAGCUACAGACUCAAACCUAAGGCUACUGUGAAAAGAGAAAUGGAAAUAUUUGAAGUAAAGCUGAGCUUUCUCAGGGGAUUCCUCAAGUUGACGUCCAUAUUUUUCAUCAAAUCCGAGAGACUGGAGAAUCUCGUGGCUCGUAUUAUAGCUCUAGUUGGUGAAGCAGCAUGCAUUUCUUAUUGGUGUUAUCCUGAAAAGUUAAGUAGAAAGAUGGAACAUGAAAUGAGUCACACAAUUUCGGAUCUUUUGAGUAGGAUGAAAUCUUUUGAGGCAGAGAUGAGAGACAACUAUCUCAUAGCCCUAGAGGCUUCACAUUCUUCACAAUCAGAAUAUCGUACUCCCUACAGCAGCAAGCUUGUUGUAGCCGUUAUUGAUUCUCUUGUCGACAAUUUCAUGGAGCUUGCUGAUAAAGGGAGUACGUCCUUGAUUUCUAAAGCUCUCCGAAUUGAAACCAUCCAUCAAGACCAGAGUUUCUUGAUAACUUUGUUGAAGGAUUUGCGGAGACAGUGUAGUGAGAAUAUAAAGUUUGAUGAUCUCUUGACAUAUGUCAAGGCUCAAUCUGACAAGAUGAAUCAAGCAGCUCCUUCAGUUCCUCUUGAUNCAUUGUUGAUUGACAUUUUACAACAAAUCAAUAUUGCACUUCCAGAAAAUGUUGAAGAAAAGAGUGAGGGAGAUUUGGCUGACCUGUUGCGGCGAAGUAUCAUGGGAAGGAGAUGA